UCUUGGAUCAUACUGGAAGCGACCUUGACAUCCUUUACUAUGCCCACCAAAUCCAGGAAGUCAAGGUCCCACAGUUCAAGGCCUACCAAGAAGACUGGGAGUCCAAAAACACCCAAAAAGAGGUCCUCCAGUGCCAAAUCCAGCAAGACAGAGGUGGACAUCCUCAGCCCAGCAGCCAUGGAGAAUGUCUACUACAUUUCCCACAAUGCAGUGGACUGUCUGGAGUUUAGAGGCUUUGGGUGGCCACAUUCAAAGAAAAAAAAGAAAAAGAAGAAGGGAACAAAACGGAAGAAGAAGAAGUAG